CUGUAUUUUGUAGAAUUUAUUAAGUUUUUCUAAUGUUUGGCCAGAUUUUGUACAUUGCUGUUAUUAAGCCAGAAAAUCUUUAUUCAACAUAACUUAAGUCUUAUUUUUAACUCUUUUUUUUUCUUAGAACUGGUUUUUCCAUGCUAUUCUACCGCCCCCCACUGUACGUGGAAAUUCUUACGGAAUGGGCACUAAAGUGGAAACUGAAGCUACCCGACCAUUGUGGAUGUGAUUGUGAAUACGAAUCGAACGCCAAUCGACGUCCCACCCAACCUCGUCCGCUCCUGAUUCAGAUCCGGGGUAAUGUAAACUUCUCGGGCGUACUUAAACGCAUACGCACACGCACGGGCCUAUGUUUAGAUAGCCAUAAACCAUAAACUAUCAUGUUCUUCACACAAUCCUCAGCAAACAACAAACAAAAGCGAGUGCACACAAAUCGCCACGUCUUCAGUUCGAUAUCUGCACGUGAAAAAAGUCUGCCUUUCCUAGCUGACAAUAGUCGACAUAAAAUUCUAUGAUUCUAUAAUUCUAUUAACCAUUAAAUAAUUAACAACAAAUGCACGUCAAAUCGUUCUUAGAAAUUCAAUGACAUUAUAUUUAGUAUUAUUUUAUAGAAUUCUCGCUGAGUAAUUUGGUUUUAAAUGUUUCAGAUUGCUUGACACGAAUAAUGUGAAUCAUUCUAAUGUGGUUUUUAUACUUCUCCCCAUAACAUACAUUUUAAAUUUAAAAAUUUGAAUCAAUCCAAACUUUGACCUUAAUUUCCUGUGAUUCUUAUCGGUGUAGGAGACAAAAGUCCCUUUUUUUUCCCAGUGCAGCCAUGUUGGAUCGCCUCGAUCGAUGUCGAAUGUCCAAUUGUGUAAACAUUAGAAUGCAGACGCAUGAAGCCUUAUCAGCUGUUGUUGCUGCAAUCGUUGUUCUUGAUGUUGCUGCUGCUGUUGCACAUUUGCUUCUGUGGGGCACAAGGCAAGGGGCAGGAGGAGGAGCGGGCAUAUCUGCGAUAUGCAUCGGAUCGGCAAUCAGUGAGCGUUCGAGCUGCUCUGACUCCCACACCCGCCCCUCGAUCGGCAGAUGGCCGCCUGUCUGUCCGUCCCUGUCUGUCGCACUAUCACCGGCCGAGAAGGCGAGAGUGCGGAAAUAUGAGCGAUCGAGAGAACCGCAGAGAGCGCCAAGUCAUGGGGGCAGCUCUGGGGCGUGGUGAAAGGGGGUCUAGGGGUCUGCUUUCUCUUUUAAAAUUAAAACAAAUUUAAAAAUUAAUGCUAAGGAAUAAAAAUCCAAUAGACAAGCAACGAAUUUUACUAACAGUUUGGCGACAAUUUUUUUUGCUGACAGUUUUUAAUAAUAUUUAUGCAGAUCAGUUGUUUGAGUUUGUUUAUUGUCAUUAUAAAGCCACUUGAGCUUUUGAUGAAAAUUGUACAUCCUUCUGGAAGGCGAGAGAGAGGGUAGGAGAAUUUUUAACAGGGGGGCUAGAACCCUCUGGGAGGCAAACCGGCUACGGCCCUGGGCAGCAGCAGAGAGACGGUUUGACUAAGGCCGAGAGUGAGAGUGAGAGCCUCCUAUUUGUCAACUGACAAUAUCAAUAUAGCGACUCGUAACUCGCGACCGCGCUGCUCUGCCCGCACUCGACGAACUGCACUCGAUCCGGCAGUUAUAGACGAUCCGAUCCUAUCCGAUCCGAAUCCCAUCCGAACCGAGAACGCGGGCGAUACGCAAUUUGUCCGUUACGUUCGACCACUGCGAAUUGUCCACUCAUUCCGGGUAAUAAACAGAAAGUUACUUCGAUUUCAGUUCGAAUCGAGUGACAUUCGAUGCCGUUGGUUUUAUCGCGAGCGUGUGCCCCUUUUCGAAUUUCUUUGCUUUUUUGUUUUUGUGAUAGUGUUUAGUGCUGAGUUGGGGCUUGGAUUUGAAUCUUGGCAACCUGUAACCCUUUUAUUCUCUACCUGAUCUCGCGAGUCGAAGGUAUUAGUCAUGAGAGCCGGGGCGGCUUUUGAAUCACCGACAGCAACAACAACAAUAAAAGCAGCAGAUUCAGUGGCGUCCCCCAGCAACAACAAAAACCACAACGAUUAAUGAAUAACCCCAGCGAAUGCGAAUGCCGUAAACUGUUUACAUUGCUCACAGCAUUACUCACUCACUCACCUCGCUCUACCUGGUCGAGGAGAGGAGUGAAGUGGAGUUGAUUGGAUUGGAGUGGAGAGUGGAAUGGAGUAAAAGGGGAGCAGAAAGUGUAGAGAUCGCAGCUGCAGCACUAGUUUCGAUUACGUGAGCAGAAAACAAAUAAACAAGCAAUUUCCCAUCCCCACUUCUCACCACAACUCACCAUCCCCUCCUGACCACUGAUAAGGGAACUACCGGGAAGCAAGGAGAGAGAAAGGAGAGAGAGACCCGUGCGAUCGCUAGAAUCGCAGAGGAUUACCAAAUAACAAAACCAAAUUCAACUAGAAGUAUGAGUGACGAGACAACCAUUAGCCUAGACGGCUAUCCCCCCCUGGAGGCGUUGACGACUAUGGCUCCGCCAGCGGAUGAGAGCGGCUUCUCGCAGUCACUUUUGACCUUUGCCGCGGUCAUGACCUUUCUCAUAAUGGUUGUUGGCAUUACCGGCAACCUGCUGACUGUGGUGGCCCUUCUAAAGUGUCCCAAGGUGCGCAAUGUGGCCGCCGCCUUUAUCAUCAGUUUGUGUAUUGCCGAUCUGCUGUUCUGCGCACUGGUGCUGCCUUUCCAGGGUCUGCGCUUCGUCCAAGGAACCUGGCGCCAUGGGCAAGUACUCUGCCGCCUGAUUCCCUUUAUCCAGUACGGGAACAUCGGAGUUUCCCUACUGUGCAUCGCAAUGAUUACGAUCAAUCGGUAUGUGAUGAUCACCCACCACGGACUGUAUGCCAGGAUCUAUAAGAGCCACUGGAUUGCGGCUAUGAUCGCCGCCUGCUGGCUGUUCUCCUACGGCAUGCAACUGCCCACGCUUCUCGGAGAAUGGGGCCGCUUCGGCUAUGAUCAUCGCCUGCAGACCUGCUCCAUUAUGACCGACGACCACGGACACAGCAGCAAGACGACGCUGUUUAUCACGGCGUUCGUCAUCCCCUGUCUGGUGAUCAUUGCCUGCUACGCCAAGAUCUUCUGGGUGGUCCACAAGUCGGAGCAGCGCCUGAAGCGCCAUGCCACCAAGCAGAACUCGAUACCCAACAAUCUGCGCCCGCUGGCCAGCACGGGAUCGGGAGCCCUGCCCUCGGGCGGGGAGUGCCAACCGGGCAACCGCGUCUCCUCGGACAGCAGCAGUAGCUUCUCCACCGAAGUGCCGGAGACGGCGCCCAGUGGCAAGCAGCAGCCGACCAGAGUCAAGGAUCAGCGCGAGGUGCGGGCCAAGCGGAACGAGUGGCGCAUCACCAAGAUGGUGCUGGCCAUCUUCCUGUCCUUCGUCAUCUGCUACCUGCCCAUCACCAUUGUCAAGGUGGCCGACAAGAACGUGGAGCACCCCAGCCUGCAUAUCUGCAGCUACAUCCUUCUCUAUUUGUCGGCCUGCAUCAAUCCGAUCAUCUAUGUGAUCAUGAACAAGCAGUACCGCAAGGCCUACAAGACAGUGGUCUUCUGCCAGCCCGCACGCCUCCUCCUGCCCUUCGGAAAGACCAAUGGCGCCAGCAGCGCUGCAGAGAAAUGGAAAGAUACCGGGUUGAGCAACAACCACAGCCGCACAAUCGUCUCCCAGAUGUCGGGGGGAACGGCAGCGGGAACGGGAGCGGUUGCAGGAUCACCGGGAUCGGGAUCGGCGGUGCAGAACCCGCCGCCAAGCCAGCCAGCCCAGGCCCUGGAACUGAUGACACGCGCUCCGGAUCUGAUAAGCAAGUCGAACCUCCCGCUGCCCUUCGUUACGCCUCCGCCCCCCUCAGUCCUCACGGCGACUCCCAACGGAAGCAGCAACAGCAGCAGCAACAGCCUCAAUCUGCGAUUGCCGCUCAAGAAGAACAAUCACUCCUACACCAACAGCGGCUUCAACAGCAGCAGUCCCAGCUCCAGCAGCGGCUUGGGGAUCGGGAUCAGCAGCAGCUCCAUUUAUCGGCCCGGAGUUGGAUCUCUGGGGAGCGGAUCGUCCUCGAUCCGGCGCAUAACAAUGGUGGGCGACGACAUAAUACUGGAGGAGGAGGAGCUGCCGCCCACGCCGCCGGCGACCUCGGCGCCCACCACGCCGGCUCCUCCGCCGCCCUCAGUCCCAACGCAUCCGCUCUCCAUGGCUCAAACGGCAGCAGCAGGAGGAGCAGUGGCAGCGGCGGGGACCAGUCCCCAAAAGCCGACGACAGCGAAGCCGCACAUCUACAUGAACGUCGACAGCCCGAAGAGAAACCAAUCCUACCUUGAGCGUAAUACAAAUGCCGCUGCUCCAGAGGGUAACUCCGGUCCGGCCAACACAUCGGCAAUCGUCUCAGUUUCCGGCUCCAAGCUGACGGCCAAGAUGAAAUUCCCAAAAGACUAACGAAAUGCUUUAAUUCCAAAAACAAACAAAAAUCGCGUAGUUCUUAUGCUACUUUCGUUAUAAACAAAAAUAUGCCAGGCAUUGUAGAUCGGUAUAUCGUGGAUGGGUGGAGAAUACCAUAAACUGUUGACCUCCUCGCGAAAAGCUGGCAAAUCUUUAAAGUACUCUUUACCAGAUAUGGUGUUGAAGUCAAAAUUCUAUUCCCCAUAUCGUAAGCAAUUUUUUCUAUACAAAUUGUAGUUUGAUACUUAGUAUUUACCAAUAGCAAAGAGUAGUUUUUACAGACGUGCCAUAAAUUACACUUUAGUUUCUGCUAUAUUUCUUAUUUCAAACUUUAUUGUAUUCCAAAUUAAUGGACGUACCAGGUUCCAUACUAUUUCUAAUGAAAAAAAAACGUUGUUUAUUUGAUGAUAGUCGAAAUUCGGCUAUACAUUGUUCUCCCACCCUCUGUCAUAUAUCCGAUAUCGUUUUAGCCUAUGGCUGCACAUUUAUUUGACCUAUCGACGUCCCAUUACACCCUACACUACUUAGUACUAGUUAUAGAUUGUAGAUAUUUAUGACCGCCCACGCUUAGUAUUAACCCCUUCUUUUUCUACUUUAUAUGCUUACUUAUAUACCCGUACAAGGCGCACAGAUCGUGGCCCUAUACGACUAUACUUCUAUUUGAAACCGGAGUCUUUUCCUAGAUUACUUGUUCACUAUUUCCAACACAAACAUUCCUUUCCAACGUAGGCCUUUGUAAAUGAACCUAUUGUUAGUCCACCACGAGCACUCCAUUCGAAAGACGAUAGAAGCAAAUCGAAUAUGAACGUAAACAUAAAUGUUUAAAUAAAUAAACAACACUUGUAAUUUACUACCGA